AUGGUAGAUUGGCUCAGUCUCACUGUUCCUCUGGCCUACCUGGGCAUCCUGCUUGGUUCAUUGGCUACCUUUUCCUCGUUGCAUCGCAAGCGCAAAGCGAGAAAAUCCUCAUCUCUAGAACCAUGGUUCCCUCCACAUCUGCAACGGGACAUCUACCUUUCGCUCCUUCAUCUUGAUCCUCCUGCGUCCUCAUCCUCCACGAAAGGGAAGAAGAACCCCAGUAUUCCUGAUACGGUGCUGAAGGCUGCGCUAUUAAGACGCGCAGCAGAGGAUAUUCGGCGUCUCUUGACGCUGCGGACUCAGAAGCCGGCUUUGGCAAUGCUCCUGCAACGUGGUAGUGUGGGAGAUGAUCUAUGGCAGCGGCUUUUGAGGGCGGAGAAGGAGAUGGAAGAGGAAGUUAGGGAUGUCGUUGCGGAAGCCAAUGCUUACCAACCCAAUUGGGGCCAAACGAUAUUCCAAUCCGCCAAUGAAAUGAUGAAUAAUACCAUGUUCCGUGGACAUCUGAAUGCAGAACAAGCUAAACUGAGCGAGGAAAAGGAAUGGUGGAAUAAGAAAAAGGCCAGUAUCAAGGAGGGUUUCAUGAAGGAGCUUGACCAGGAAGACGGAUCAGCAGCAGCCGCUUCUGAUAAGUGUGGGCCAGCUGCUUCUACAUCUACUCCUCCCAAUCCGGCACUAUCUGCGACGACGACAACAGAGGCAUCAAUGAAGACCUUUGAGGAGGCUCAAGACAAUGCAGUGGACGAUGCUGCGUCGGUUGAAGAUAACGCUAGCAGCCCUGCAGCGACGGCGUCGACGUCUGGAGGGAAGAAGAAGAAGAAAGGGAAAAAAUGA